UACUUAUAUCCAGCUUGCCUGAGUUCGUGGUAGUUGUGGAAGGAGUAAAGCUAUGGAACAACCACCAGUACUUGAGAGUCGGGCGAAGCAGAUCGAGAAAGAAUACCUCUCCAGUUUAGCCGACCUGAAUGUCAACAGUAAACCGUUGAUAAACAUGUUGACGAUUCUGGCCGAGGAAAACCUCGAGUAUGCACAGAUCAUCGUGAACGCGGUGGAAAAACACCUGGCAAAGGUUACUCCAGAUGUAAAACUACCAAUACUUUAUCUCGUCGAUUCCAUCGUUAAGAAUGUGGGGAAGCAAUAUCAGACGCUCUUCAGUCAGGUCAUAGUAAAUAUGUUUUGCGGAGUGUUUCAAACGGUCAAUGAAAAGAUACGUGAAAAAAUGUUCAGCUUGAGACAAACGUGGAACGAAGUGUUUCAACAGCCUAAAUUAUAUACUCUGGAUGUAAAGAUCAACUCGAUCGAUCCAGGGUGGCCUAUCACGGCGCAGUUGAAGCCAAAAGUAGCCCCUACUAUUCAUGUUAAUCCAAUGUUCCUAAAAACGGUAGAACCAGCAGCAGCAAUGCAGCAAAAGCUCAGAGACAAACAUCGUGAGUUGCUCGAGUUGCAAGCUCGAAAGCUAGAGCUCGAACUGUUGACAACAAAAAAACGCAUAGCAGAACAGGAAAAGCAAUUGAGCAUCCAAACGGCUAGCAUAGCGAAAGAGUCACCUUCGGAAUUUAGAAAAAAUUUAGAACCUCUUCCAAUAGCCGGUCCUGUUACAGGAAGUGGCCUUAUUUCAACGGCUGUUCCUCCUCCGGGAGUUAAUGCGAAAAGUCGGAUAGCUCCCGUUCCGCAAAGUAUGAUCAAUAUGGUGAAGACUCGUGAUCCUCGUUUGGCUAAGCAACAAGCUGCCCAGCUUGUCGGCCCGUCCGCAACGAUGGGAAUAACGAAUGCGAACAACCAAAGCACCCUGGGACCAAUGACGUUACCUCCUCCUGUCCUUGCGGCUGGUAUGAUGGAAGCACCGGCUCAUGGUUCUUCGUCAUCAAAUCAAUCGUUCGUUCACGUGAAAGAUCGGCUUGGAGCAAGGCCUCGUCGAAAUGAAACAUCUAGUGGAGGAAACUCAAGAGCUGACUCCGCUGUGGAAGAAGGAAUUUCCCGAAGCAAAAAAACAUCUUCUGUUAGCAGUUCAACGUCACCACACAAAUCGCGCCACGAUCAUGACACUAAAUCCAGGAAAGAUCGUAAAGAUCAUUCUUCUUCCUCCUCGAACAGCAGAACAUCUGGGAAAAGUAAAACAUCAUCUUCUCCUCGAAACAGCGCCGAGAAGCGGAAGCAACGCACACAAAGCAACAGUGAUAGCUCUCCACAGGGUCGGAAGUCCCCACAUUCUCCAGCAAAAAAGAAGACUUCGGACAAGUCUUCUACGCAUCAUUCUUCGAAUGAUAAUUCAAAAGGGUCUAGCAAAUCACGAUCUGAAGCCAAGAGCAUUUCAUCGGAAGCGGACCGACCGCUCCAAAUGGAUAACGUUACAUCAGACAGUAAAAGAAUACAGCGUAGUACUGAAGAGUACCAACCAGCUACAGAUAACAUCACAGCCAAAAAUGACGAAAAAAACGGUACUUUAGUGUUCGAGGCACGAUCUCAAAAAUGGAUCAAGAUAGACGAAACUGUUCCAUUCGAUCAUGCGAUGCAGGAGGAGGCUGACAAAAUGAUUGUGACGAUGGUGGAACAAAAUUCGUCGGAAGUACAAAAUAAUAGUGCGACAGAUGACGAUGAAGCGCUUUCUGCCAUGAUUGCUAAAGAUAUAGAUUUGCGAGCGAUUCCUCUGCAGCUAAUGCCGAACAAUCGAAUUGUGGACCAUGAGAUUCCUCCGAAUGGGCUCCUAGCUGAACAGGCCUGUUCGAGCUCGUCGUCUAAGGAACCUCCUGUUAAACGAUUUGAUAAUAAAGAUGAAGAUGAGUUUUCCGGAGGUAAAAAACGUACAAGUUCUUCUGCUAACUGUGAGGAACCUGUUUCAAAAAAGAGUAAAGCAGAAAUGAUUGAUGCAUUGUUUGGAAAUGAGGAUGUUGAUCUUCGUCAGCUGCCAAUGGGAGCAACGCUAAUGAUAUCAGGCGAUGGACAGAAUAUAGAUUUCCCUAAGAUUGACAACGAUGUUGAUGUGCCGCGGUCUCCUUUAUCCGAGAAAACCAAUAGUAAUCAUGGUGAUUCUCUUCGAAUGAAAAUGGUCGAUGGAAGUAAAAGUCAAGAAAAGGAUAAGCUUGGACGACCCCUAUUGUAUAAUAAAUUACCUGAUGAUCCUGUCGAGCGUCGUCGAUCUAUAAAUUCGUUGGCAAAACCAGGAGACGUGGAUCUCCGGGCACCGCAGCACAAUAUUCAUCAAGACGAUAAUGCCAUAGACUUAGAUGAUGAUAAUUCGAUGGAUAGCAUGAACUCCAACAUUAAAACUAUCAUCGCCCAAGCGCAGGAUCAGAUGGAGAAAGGUGAAAUUUCUCUCGAGCAGUACAAUAUUUUAAUGAAGCAGGUCAUUCAGUUGAAUGAAACACAAAAAAUUCGUCAGGCGCAGCGCAUUGAGCAUGUGAAACGUCAAGAUCAGAUGAUCAUUCGGAUCGAUGAUAAUGGGUCAAUGAGUGGAGAAGACGAUGUGAUUGUUACCUCGGUAACUCCGGGUUCCAGCGCGUCUGGAAUACGUUUGAAUGACCAACAAGGGGAUAGCGCCACAGGAGACGCAAACGAUUUCCAUGGCAAAAUUAAUCAAAUGGAUGGUAAGCCGUCAGCAAUAAGCAAAACGUUUGAGGCGCCGUUUGCUGCUCUUGGUGUUCCCUCGACAUCAGUCCCUCCGCCUGAUAUUCGACCGCAGCGAGAUCCGCGCAGGAUACGCGAAUCAAAAUGGAAUCGUGUAGAACCGGCUUGGGCGAAUCGUUCUGGUCCUGGUGGUCCGCCCGUAUCUGGAGGGCCAAUAACGGCAGUUCCAUCGUUAGGUGGAAUCCGCUGCGGCACUGGAAUACCUGUACCAAGUCCCUGGGAACAAGCACCUUUUCCUGUAUUGAUAGACAACACACAACGAUUUCCAGGGCCUGCGGUACUGCCGAUGGGCGUGCUAAGCGGUCCCGCGUCUAAUGGACAAUCCAUGUUGAUAUCUGCGGUGGCAAAAGUGAAUGACAGCGUUCGUACGAUUAACAUCGAUGGCAUACAGCGUGAAAUACGGUUUUACGAGGAGACUGCCGUCAUCUUCAUGAACUGGGACGAACCAAAAGAAAUUGGAUUUCAGAAGGGUGCCCGAAUGGUUGCGGUUGACGAUAGAGAAACGUUUGAGCUUGGAUUCAAUGAAACAUACAAAUCAGUUAGCAUAGAUAAUAAAGUCUACCAAAUGCGUUUGGGGGCUCCUACACGGGAGCUUUACAUCGAUGAUGCGUGGUAUGAAUGCUACUUUGGGGAGCCUCCAACUACGAUCAUAUUGGACGGAAAACCGAGAGUUUUCAAGAUUUCCGGACCGGCACCGCAGGUAAAAAUAGGAAAUUGUCGUAAAGAUCUUGUGGCUGGAAAAAUUAACAUGAUCAUCGAUGCGAAGUACAUGAUACCGGUUUUCCUCGACUGUAAGGUGCAAAUGUUUGAGGUGUAUGGCCACAAACAUCGGUUACAGUUCGCCGAUUUUUUGUUAACAGUGCUUAUCGACGAUCAGCCCUUUCCGGCUGAUUACGGUGGAUUGCCGACGCUGUUUCGAUCGCGCGAGCGAGAUUAUUACAUCCGUUUCACUGCGCUGCCUAAUCUAGUGGUACCUGGCCGGGUGUACGUUCGCGAUAUGAUUCGAACGCCACUGUAUCGUGAUCUACGUACACCACCGAAAGAUUCCAGCGCCAUACCAACGGUGCCACUCAUGCCCUUCGCUCCUUCUGCAACUGGACCAACAGGAGUGCUUUCAUCUGGGCCGUCAAAUGUUGGAAUUGGAAUGUUAAACAACCUUCCACCAGGAAUUGUCUCACUGCAUCCGGGAAUACCAGCGAAUGCGGGUAUGACCGGCCUCGAUUACCUUACUAACUUAAUGCCCACUAUGACCAUGCAAACAGUUACUUCGAGCAAAAACGUCCCAGGCUAUCGGAUAGAGGCCGACGAGAAAACUCUUACCGGUGGAUCAAGUGUAGGACUGACGACAGCGAGUUCCAACGCAGCAGCGUCCGCCGGUGGAAUGCCACUAUUAGCUAACAUAAACGUUGAGGAGCUUUACAAAAAAAUUGUUGCAGCCGGCAUUAUUACAAAGCUUGGUGCAGGCACGGGUACUUCAUCCUCGCCAACUCCAUCAUCGCGAAUAGGCACCAACAGUGGUGGAGCUGCCUCUAAAGAAUCGAUUGAUGACGCUAGCAAAUCCAAAGAGAAGGAUAAAACGCCUAUGCCAGAAAUCGAGCCAGUGCUGUUGGAUAAACCGGAAACACUUAAGAAGCGUCAGGCAGCAGUGGUACACCAGUUGUUCUCGGGAAUGCAAUGCAGCAGUUGUGGUGUUCGUUUUCCACCAGAGCAAACGAUGAAGUACAGUCAACACCUAGACUGGCAUUUCCGACAAAACCGACGUGAUCGAGACUCGGCACGUAAGGCGCAUUCGCGCAAAUGGUAUUACGAUGUGUCAGAUUGGAUCCAGUACGAAGAGAUCGAGGAUUUAGAAGAGCGUGAAAAGAAUUGGUUUGAAACUCAGCAGUCGGAUCAAGGUGACCUCAAGAAGGGUGGGGUUGGAAGUGGAGGUUUGAGCGGAUUAGGAGGUGACGGAGAAGAGCUUUCUUCGCACGCUGAUUCACCACAGCCUAGCUGUCCAGCUGGGUCUGAUGAGAGCGAUCGGCAGUGCCACAUGUGCCACGAUGUGUUUGAGCAGUUUUACAACGAAGAAACUGAAGAGUGGCAUUUAAAAAAUGCGAUCCGUAUCGAAGGUAGCACGUACCAUCCGUUAUGCUACGAGGAUUACAAAGCGUCACUGACAAUGUCUGAAUCCACGAUAAACGAGAGUCGUUCGAUAAACGAGAGCCUCAAGACUGACAUAACUAUGGAUAGCAUGAUCGAAAGUGGUGAGGAUGGCGUCGGAAAAGGUCAAAGAACAGAAGAUGCGGAAGUAGGAAACGCAGCGGCUCCCAGCGAAAAAGGUGAAAACAUGAUGGAGGAUGAUGAAGACGACGAUGUGAUCGUGUUGCCUACCGUUGAACCUAUGGUAGAAGAAAUCCUAGACGAUGAUACGGAUGAUCCACCCAACGGGGUAAAGGAAGUUGACGAAACGUCCUAUACAGAUGACGAAUCAACGAUCAAAGCGGCUAAGUCACCGACUGGAUUACGACAGCCUGAGUUCCAGGAACGCCAGAUCGAUGAGGAUCUUUUCAUUCAAGAGCCCAAUAUUGAGGUGACGGACUUGGACGAAAUCGAAGACAAACCUGCCGCCACGCCAACAUCUACGGGCAUUGGAGCAGAUGACGGCGAAGAAAAUUCGCUAUCUUCGUUACUGCGCGUUAAGAUUAAAGAAGAACCGCAAGAGGAAGACGACGCGGAUGAGGAGGAUGCUUUGUUUGAAGAUGUCGGUACGAUCGAAUCAAGCAUGAUCGAAAUUGUUGAUCAUCGAUCCCCGAUAGUCAACAAUGUUGAAGAGGAGCUCUACGACGACGUUCCGUCCGAAAGCAUUCCUUCGCCGACCGAGGCAUCCAAUCAGGCAGUAAUUUCAAUGCAACCGAAGGCAUCGAUAGAUGGCAACGUGGAGUUGCAGGAAGCAUCGCAGGCGACAAUAGUCGUGCCGAAUAAAAUCAAGAUCAACAUCACGAAGACGAAAGCCAGUGCCAUCAGUGGUCAUCAAGCGGCCAGCAGUCACCAAGGCGGUGCAUCGUCAAUGAGCGAAUGUGAGACUAAUGAGACCAAUGUUGCGGGGAAUGUGAAUAAUUUUAAUGAAGAUAGCCAAGGAGUCGGUAAUGACGGUGGCGCAGUGGACCAGAGUGACAUCACGUUCGACGAGCUUAGCAAUGACGGUAUCGGUAGUUGGGAGGAAAAGGAUGAAAAGCAUGGUUCCGAACAGUCCAAAAAUAAAGAAACAUCUGCGGGAACGGCGGCAACAGCAGCGGUGGUUGCUGUGGUUGCGUUCGAAGAAACAACUGAUGUUGCGUAUGAGCUCAAACAGGGCCUGGUGGGCGUCGAGUUGAACAGGCAGCCACGAGUCACCAAUGGCUAUGAAGCGUCUGGUCUCUGUUCAAUCAUGUAGAAUAGCACCACGAAGUGAAUCCAAUUGUCGCGAUGGAAAGCAAUGCGUCGAAGGUGAAUCAGAGAAGUGUGCUGUGAUCUUGAUUGUGGAAAAUUUAAAAACAAAGCUCUCGGUUCCAAUUUCGUUGGAGAAGAAUGUGCGGUCGCCCAACGUUGAUGGUUUACUUUCUGGCAAUCAGUUUGUCAAUCACCAUUCUUCACCGUUUUGUUUUUGCUGCUAUUCCAUUCAGUACAAUCAACACCGGUGUCCACGGGGAAAUGCUUUUCAUGUAAGAUCCUCGUUGACGCGGAAAUAAUAUGCUAGGUUUUUUUAUGCUUAAUUGUACCAUUUAGCUAAUUCGAUGAACUUUGUGUGUUAAGUAGCGUAAUUUGGCCGUAUUUGGAAAUUUAUAAUGGACAGGAAAAGCUAGUCAUGUAAACCUGCUUGGUGGCAGGGAAUAAAGGAAUAAAACAGAAAAAGAUCUUUCAGGUGCAAGACAACCUUUUCCACAUAAAGGCAAGAUCAUGUUUGCUUCAUCAAAGCGCCCUGCAACUUAUGUUUGAAGUGGGGAAUUAUUGAUAUUUUUAAUAUUGUAUAAACGUUAGCAUUAAAUUCGUACAAUCAUCUGACAGGCUGAAUAGAGCCUCAUGCUGGUACUGUUCCGAGUUUUGCGCUGGAAUUUUUGUACACAUAUGUGCAUAUGGCAGUGAAUUGGAGUGGUGGAUUGAUUGGCGAAUUUUCUUACAAAUGAAAUAUUGUUGGCAAUAUUUUUUCUUUUGCAGGAGUCUUGAAAGGUGAUCCAGUACUUUUUUUUAAUGAAACAUUGGUUUAUUUUUCAAUUUACGUUAAGAAACACGGUGAAAGUGCACACUGCUCUUGGCGCACGGUCGUUGAAGAUGGGGCAACAGCGGGCAUCGGUGUACAUUUUGGGAACCUCGUCGUUAAAUAAUCGAAAAGAACGGUAAUAAAUAAAAGACGUGAAUUACAGUCAACUGAAUACAAACAAACGAGUAGCAGAACAUUUAUUGCUAGAUUUUUAGUUUAAGCAAUCGAAUAAAAAUAUGCGGCGUGGAGAAACUGGCAUAUAUAAUAAAAUAUAUGGAAAUAUCGGGAACUGCAUGUAGCGGUGUUUUGCAUAUCUGGUUGACUUUACAUUUAGUCGUUUUAUCUCAACGAAAUAUUUCGUUGUAUCGUAAGCUUUUUCGACGUGAAUAAGUUUGCUUUAUUGCUUAACUUGUGAAUGUGGUUUUAUGAUUUGUAUUACA